CCUGGCUUCCUGGGACAUACGCUGGCUAUGCCCUCUCCAGAUGGGGAGCAGCCUCCUGGAGCUCCCUUUGUCCCUUCCCCGCUGCCAGGGCCUCUCCCCAGAGGGUGGUGCUGACCCAGAUGGCGGGCUGGACCUUGAAGAGUUUACCCAAUACCUGCAGGAGCGGGAACAGCGCCUGCUGCUCCUUUUCCACAGUCUGGAUCGGAAUCAGGAUGGUCACAUCGAUGUCUCUGAGAUCCAGCAGAGUUUCCGAGCUCUGGGCAUUUCUAUCUCUCUGGAGCAGGCACAGAAAAUUCUACACAGCAUGGACCGUGACGGCACUAUGACUAUCGACUGGCAGGAAUGGCGUGACCACUUCCUGUUGCAUUCAUUGGAGAAUAUGGAAGACGUGCUCUACUUCUGGAAGCAUUCCACGGUCCUGGACAUUGGCGAGUGCCUGACUAUCCCUGAUGAGUUUUCAGAGCAGGAGAAGCUGACCGGCAUGUGGUGGAAGCAGCUGGUGGCCGGUGCAGUGGCGGGCGCUGUGUCACGGACAGGCACAGCCCCUCUGGACCGCCUCAAGGUCUUCAUGCAGGUCCAUUCCUCCAAGACCAACCAGCUGAACAUCCUUGGGGGCCUACGGAACAUGAUCCAAGAGGGGGGCGUGCACUCUCUAUGGCGUGGCAACGGCAUCAAUGUGCUCAAGAUUGCACCUGAGUCAGCUAUCAAGUUCAUGGCCUAUGAGCAGUUCAAGCGGGCCAUUCGGGGACAGCAAGAGACACUGCAUGUGCAGGAGCGCUUUGUGGCUGGAUCCUUGGCUGGUGCUACAGCCCAAACCAUCAUUUACCCCAUGGAGGUACUAAAGACACGGUUGACCCUUCGCCGGACGGGCCAGUACAAGGGGCUGUUGGACUGUGCAUGGCGGAUCAUGGAGCGAGAAGGGCCCCGUGCCUUCUACCAUGGCUACCUGCCCAACGUGCUGGGCAUCAUUCCCUAUGCGGGCAUCGAUCUGGCCGUCUAUGAGACCCUGAAGAACCGGUGGCUCCAGCAAUAUAGCCAUGACUCGGCUGACCCAGGCAUCCUCGUGCUCCUGGCCUGUGGCACUAUCUCCAGCACUUGUGGCCAGAUAGCCAGUUACCCCCUGGCCCUGGUCCGGACCCGUAUGCAGGCCCAAGCCUCCAUCGAGGGCGCCCCCCAGCUCUCCAUGCUGGGUCUGUUCCGUCACAUCCUGUCCCAGGAAGGCAUACCAGGCCUCUACAGGGGCAUCGCCCCCAACUUCAUGAAGGUUAUCCCAGCUGUGAGCAUCUCCUAUGUGGUCUACGAGAACAUGAAGCAGGCUCUGGGGGUCACAUCCAGGUGAGGGACCUGGCCUCACUAAGAUUCCUCGCCUCAAUCAUGACGACCCCUACACCUCAGAGACUGAUGGCCCAGCCAAUGGAUCCCACUCAAACCACAGGAUCCCUAUACUUCAUCCACUGGGUCCUGCAUCCCACAUCCCACCGAAUGGGUUCCAUAUUUCCCUGACUCCCUUCCCCUCACCCCUGCCCCACACACACUGGGUCCUAGACCUCCAUGUCUUAACCACUGGAUCCCCCACAACUCAUCUAAUGAAUCUUGAAACCCUAACCACAGGAGCACAUAUCCCUAUAUCUAAGCACCCAGACCCCAGCUCCCUCAGGCACCAGAUCCAGUGUCUUCCGACAGCACUAGAUCCCAGAUCCCCAGCCCCACUGGCAGAUCCCAGACCUCCACUCUCCAAUCCCUGGAUUCCCAAGCUUGGCCACUGGAUCCUGAAUAUUAAGAAACCUCAGCCACCAGCUCUUGGCCAUGUGAUGCCCAGAUCCUGGGGCCCCCACUACUGGAUCCUAGAUCCCCUCAUCCCAGCCAGUGGAUUCCUGAGUUCCUUUACCUCGCUGGGUCCCAGAUCCCUCUGCUUUGACUGCCAGAUCCCUACAUUUAAACCACUACAUCCUCAGCCCCCAGCCCACCAGAUUCCACAUCCACAAGCCCUGAGACACCGGCUCCUGGCUCCUAAAACCACAGUCACGAGAGCCCAGAGGCAGAGCCACUGGGUCCUGGCAACUGUAGCUGUUGGCUCUCUAAUCCCUUCACGCAGGCCCUGGAUACUGAAAUUCCACCCACAGGAAACAGACCCUGACACUCCCAGGCACUGGAUCCCACCUCCUUAGCCCCUGGAUUCUGACCUGAAUCCUCCCAGACACUGGCUCAGAUCCCACAUCUAGAUCCCAGUAGGCUAAUCACAGCAAAAUGCCUCCAUAUGGCCCCUCACCCAGACACACAUGAGAGCUGAGACCUUCCCCACCACAACAUGGACCUGGGAGCCUGUAGGAGUCCCACGUCCUGGCCUCCUGGCUCCAGAAAACCCAUGGGGCUUGUUCAAUGUCCUGAUAUGGCUCGAUACCCCUCUCACGCCUUGCACAGAAACUAGAUCCCCCCACUUCCCCAGCAUGGCCAUACCUCUGGGCCCUAUGAGGACAAUGCUCCCUCCAACGCUCCCCCCAACGCUCUGCAGCGUCUUCCACUCCCCACCUUAUGAGCCGAUAACUCCCAGAGCCUGGGUCCUCUGGAGGGUCCCGCUGCUCUUUCUUGGGGGCUGGCAGUGAGGCAAUCUGAGGUGGGGGACACUUUAAGGGGACCUCCCCCCAGCCUCAGCAUUAUCAGCCUCUCCUCAGGCUUCAGAGGUGGAAGCCAAGAGCAGGUUUGUCUACACAGACCAUCCUUCAGAUCAUGCAAAAUGAACCAAACCCCCAGAACUCAUUCCAGGUCUACUUUCCUAUGGAGAGGAGCAGACACUCCCUCACCCCACCCCUAGCCCCCAACUAACCCAAGCCCCAACACCCCCAUAUACAUUCUGCACUUUAUGGUUGGAUUCUUAAUUGGGGGACCCCUUCCUCCACUCCUCCCAAGUCCUUGGAGAACCCCAUUAAAGGACUACAGAAGAGGAACCACUGUUUGUGACAGGUAAAGGACCUCCCCAAGACUUCCACCUCUCCCCACCUAUGCCAUGCCCCACAUCCCUGCCUGUAUGUGUUAUUUCAAAGCAAAAGAACAAAAGGAAUACAUUUCUAAGCUCUU